CCAGCCAUGAAACUUUCAUUGAAACUCGUCGCUCUCCUUACGGCCGCGCUCUGUAGCCGCGUUGUCACUGGUACGGAGCCAUCGUUGGAAGACGACCCAGAUGACCUCGCGGAAGCUUGCCCGGACUACACAGAAUACGCCGCAGAGAGACAUCCUCCAUACAGUGAGGGUCCACUCAAGCUUCCCUUCCAGCGCCCCGCCGAAGUCUGUCGGACCUUCUCGUCACCAUAUGUCGAGAAAGUGAUCGAGGACGUAACUUCUCGCAUGGUCGACAAGGACCUUGCCCGAAUCUUCCAAAAUGCAUUCCCCAACACGCUGGACACAACAGUGAAAUGGCACAUUAAAGGCAGCGAGGAAGUGAAGAAGUCGAAAAAGUCGAAAAAAAAGAAGGGCGCCAACCCUGCAGCAUGGGAAGGCCCGCAGUCCUUUAUCGUCACGGGAGACAUAAACGCUGAGUGGCUCCGGGAUUCGACGAACCAGCUGGCCCAAUACCAGGUCCUGUCGAAGAAGGACCCCAAUAUCAAAAAUCUCAUCCUCGGGGCCAUAAACACCCAGGCAGAGUUUGUGAUUCAAUCGCCGUAUUGCAACGCUUUCCAACCACCGCCUGCGAGUCAGUUACCGCCCACAAAUAACGGCCAAGAAGAUUCUGUUCACCCCGUUUACGAGCCGACCGUCGUGUUUGAAUGUAAAUAUGAGCUUGAUUCCCUCGCCAAUUUCCUUUCUCUAGGAAACCAAUUCUACGAGCAUAGUGGAUCGAGUGCUUUCCUCACGGGAAGAUGGUACCAGGCACUUGAUACGGUGUUGAACGUGAUUCAGGCACAGUCUGAAUCCACGUUCGAUGAGUAUGGGAGUUAUGUGCGCAAUGAAUAUACCUUUCAACGAACGACUGAUAUUGGAACGGAGACGUUGAAUUUAGGCGGGAUCGGAAAUCCCCUGAAUAACGAGACCGGCCUGGUUCGCAGUGCUUUCCGCCCCAGCGAUGAUGCAACCAUCAUGGGAUUCUUCAUUCCCGCAAACGCCAUGAUGGCCGUGGAACUAAAGCGAACCGCAAAUGUGCUUCAGGAAACUGGCGGAAACGCAGAACUCAUUGACAGACUCCGUGGCCUCUCUAAGAGGAUCGAGCAAGGAGUGUGGGAGCAUGGAGUGAUUACCCACAAAAAAUAUGGCGAGGUAUUCGCCUUUGAGGUCGAUGGCUACGGCUCUUUUGUUUUAAUGGAUGACGCAAAUCUCCCGUCAUUGCUUGCCCUUCCUUUGCUAGGCUUUGUGAAGGAAGACGACAAGGUCUACCAGAAUACGAGAAGAAUGAUAUUAUCCAAGUCCGGGAACCCAUACUAUUUGGUAGGAUCUGCCUUCCAUGGUAUAGGCGGUCCACACAUUGGCGUUAAAAACGCCUGGCCCAUGUCUGUCCUUGUCCGCGCUCGCACGGCACAGUCAGAUGCGGAGAUCAUGGAAUCCAUCAAUAUGGUCCGAGACUCCAGCCUUUUGGGCCUGAUCCAUGAGAGCGUCAAUGUAAAUCGAAUCCAGCAAUAUACUCGCAGCUGGUUCGCAUGGGCGAAUAGUGUUUUCGCCCAAACCAUCCUCGAUCUUGCAGAAAGGAAGCCUCAUCUGCUCUUUGGCGAGAACGCCAGGCCGUACAAGGUAGCCGAUGUCGAGCUUUAAUCGAAUGGAACUAUUGGAGAUUUUGGUCGUUUUCUCUUUGUAUAUAUGCUUUUUUUUUUUUUUUUUCCCCGCGAUGGCGAAGUCUUGCUUUUUGUGUCCUCCAUACUAAUUCAUUCCUCCCUGACCGUCGAUGCUACAUUUCCUUUUGACGACGGACUUGG